CGCGCGCGGUUGUCUCGCAGAACAGCAGAAAGAUAUAAACCCGGAACGAAAGAUAUAAAACCAAGAAGUGUCGAGGAACUCAAACGUACCCACUCAAGAGCUCAAAAGAUCCAGAAAACAACUCUCCCGGUCACGGUCCCCUCAAUCGCUUUUCAUUUUCGCAGAGAGAACGUUGCGAAUCCAACAAGUGCGAGUGAAGUUCAGCGCUAAAAGAAGAUGGCCCAACCACAGCUGCUGCAAGUGAAAUUGUCACGUUUCGAUGCCCAGCCCUGGGGAUUCCGCCUCCAGGGGGGCACGGACUUCGCCCAGCCCCUGCUGGUGCAAAAGGUGAACGCCGGCAGCUUGUCCGAGCAGGCUGGCCUCCAGCCCGGCGAUGCGGUGGUCAAGAUCAACGACGUGGAUGUCUUCAAUCUGCGGCACAAGGAUGCCCAGGACAUUGUGGUGCGCUCCGGCAACAACUUUGUCAUCACAGUGCAGCGCGGUGGCUCCACCUGGCGGCCGCAUGUGACACCGACUGGCAAUGUGCCGCAGCCCAACUCGCCGUAUCUGCAGACGGUGACGAAGACCUCUCUGGCUCACAAACAACAGGACAGCCAGCACAUCGGCUGUGGCUACAACAACGCGGCCCGUCCCUUCGCCAACGGCGGCGAUGGCGGCGUGAAGAGCAUUGUCAAUAAACAAUACAACACCCCGGUUGGCAUUUACAGCGAUGAAUCUAUUGCGGAAACACUCUCGGCCCAGGCGGAGGUUUUGGCUGGCGGUGUGCUCGGCGUGAACUUCAAGAAGAACGAGAAGGAAUACCAGGGCGAUCGCUCCGAGGUGCUGAAGUUCCUGCGCGAGGAGGAGACCGGCCAGUCCACUCCAGAACCACACAGUCCCGCCAACUUCUACUGGACACAGAGCCACGCAAUCGGCGGCAACGAGCGACGCACUCCACUGCACCACCAGCAGCAGCAGGAUGAGCGGAUUGGUGUACCAUUGCAGUCCAAUACCCUGGCGCCGGAGGCCACACACAGGCCCAGUUUGCCGGUGGCCCCGAAGGAUGGCGUGGAGCAGCCCAGACAGGAUCAGCAGGAGCAGCCCGAUCCGCGCAUCAUUGUGCUGCCCAUCUGCCCCGGCCUCCAGGGUCCCGAGUACAAGGCCGAAAUGGAGGCGGCAGCGGCGGCACUGGCCACCGACCAGGAUGGACGACCACGUCCAUUGGCCGCCAGCGGACAUCCGGCCUGCCAGCUGUGCGGCGUGGGCAUUGUUGGCGUUUUCGUGCGCAUCAAGGAUAAGAACCUGCACGUGGAGUGCUUCAAGUGUGCCACGUGUGGCACCUCGCUGAAGAACCAGGGCUACUACAACUUCAACAACAAGCUCUACUGCGACAUCCACGCCAAGCAGGCCGCCAUCAACAAUCCCCCCACCGGCACCGAGGGCUACGUCCCCGUCCCCAUCAAGCCCAACACCAAGCUGAGUGCCUCCACCAUCUCGUCGGCCUUGAACUCGCACGGUUACGGUGGCAACUCGAACGGCUACUCCAAUGGAAACUCCACCCCUGCUCCGGCACCGGUUGCAAGCUCGCAAGCAACAGUAGCAACAGUAGCACCAAGCGCUGCAACAGCAGCAGCAGCCACACCCCAAGCAGCAACUGCAACAGAUAGCCCAGUUGCAACAGCAUCAUCAUCAGACAAUAUGUCCGCCUACGUGGCAGAUGAGCCCUCUUCGAUUUAUGGCCAAAUUAGCGCCGACUCGGUGGCAAUAGCACCACCAGCACCACAACCACCCACCGCCGGCGGGGGCGAUCAGCCCUUUGAGUACGUCACGCUCACCGGCAACGUCAUCCGCAGCGUGCAGGCUCCCGGAAAGGGGGCGUGCCCCAGCUACAAGGUGAACCAGGGCUAUGCUCGUCCGUUCGGUGCCGCCGCUCCCAAGUCGCCGGUGUCGUAUCCGCCGCAGCAACAGCAGCAGUCGCCGCGUCCCGGUGGCCAGAACCCGUACGCCACCCUGCCACGCAGCAAUGUGGGCCAACAAGGUGGAGAGGCUGUGGAGGAACUGCAGCCGGAAUUCGAGGAGGAGGAUUGCUUUGAGAUGGACAUCGAGGUGGCCCUGGCCGCCAGUCGCCAAUCGCAGCGUGGCUCUAGUUUCACCUGGCCACCGCCGCAGGAUGACAGCCACUUGGCGCCCACCGCCGCACCACUCUAUAUCCCACCGCCGGAGACGCAACAUGUGGUGGUUUCGAAUCCGGUGCAAGAAGUGCCUCCACUGCCACCUGGAGGAGCAACUGCUCGACUAGAUCCGCAGCCACAAGUUGGAGCCUCGGCCAACGGAGCUCCCCAGUGGCAGAGUUACUCCGCUCCACAGCUAACAACCGCUAGUGCCCGCCAGUUGGCGGAGCAGGAGUCUAGCUCGGAUAGCUAUACAUCCACGUCGACCACCACGACCACCACUUCGGAGGAGUAUCAGCGAAUGUACGCAGCCCAGGUUCAGGCCUAUCAAAUGCAGGAGCAAUCUGGCUCGGAGUUCGAUUACCAGGUGGAUUACGGCAGCACCCAGGAUUCCAUGCAGGACUAUCCGUCCGGCAGGAGAAGUGCCCAGGAGUGCGUGGACUCCCUAGCUGUGCCCUUGAGCACCUACAAACUGGUUGAUAUGGUAAGGGAGGUUACACCCAGUCCCGUGACCACUCCCACGCAAACUCCUGCUCCUGCUGCUCCUUCGACUCGUCGCGUUGUGUUCAACGAUGAGCCCGAGAUCAAAGAGCUACCCCAACUACCCGAUGAACUGGAGACCAUACCGGAAGCCUCCGAAGCUGUAGAGGAUCGCGAGGGUCUCGUGAUCGAACAGCGGUGCCAGAUCCUGGAGAGUGAACGCAAGUUCCAGCCCACACCCGAGAUCAAGAUCGAGAUUGCCCCGGUGCGCCAAAUACCUCCGACCAAGAUUCCCAACCCAAUGCCCAAGGAGUGGAUUAAUCCCAUGAUUCGAGUGUUGACCACAGCCCCGGAGGUUCCCUUCCACCUGGUGGAGUGUCCUUUUCCCCGGCCCUGUGGUGAUGAUUUUGAAGCAGAGGCCGCCGCCGCCGAGGCUGCCAAAGCUCGAGAGGUUCCUGCUCCUCCUCCUCCUCAAGUUUCUUCUGCUCAACCGGCAAUAGAUCCAGUUGAGCCAUCACCUGCACCCUUGCGGGAAUCUCCACCCCGAGGAUCCCGACUCACCCAAGCCAUGGUUACUGCUCCCGAGUUCGAGCUCAAGUUCGCCCCUCCCGCUGACCAGGGCAUCCCACUUCCAGAGGAGACCGAGCCCUAUAUGCCACCACCCAUUGACACGAAGCCCUAUUUGAGGGAGGAUUACCGACCCAAGUCACCAUUUGUGAGUGCUCUAACCACCGCUCCCGAUCGUCCCUUCGAAGGUCACUUCGACAAGGAUGUGCCCAUCCACAUGAUUGACCUGCCCACCCCCAAAGAGCACCUGAGCAUGUGUGAUGCCCUGUGCACCGCCCCCGAACGUGGUUACACUCCCCUGAAUCCCGAGAAUGCGAUGCAUCGCGUAGACGAGGAGCAAAAGCAACAGGAACUCAAGAAGCGUGAAUUUCAGGUGCUGGAUCACGAGGAAGAGCUGGGCAUUCGACCAGAGCCUCCUCAGUCCGUGGAGUUCUACGAAACGCGAAGAGAUCAGCCACGGAAAUCCUCCGCCUUUGCGGCCAUGCAAGCAUUCCAGCCAUCCCGUGAACCCCUGUCCUCGAACACGGUUUCGAACGCUGGAAGUGUGCCCGAUACACCAAGAGACUCGAUUGUGUCUGCCCUGAAGGAGGAAACCGAUCUGGAGUACCAGAAGUACCUCAAGGCGCAGCAGCGCAACCAGAAAAGAUUGGACUACUUCCACCAGAAAGAGGAGGAGCUCUCGGGUCUCCAGGGCCAGCAGCUAACACAACUUCAGAGGGAGCUCUCCAAUCAGCAACAGAGUCUGCUGAGCCAACAGCAAUUGCAGCAAUCCAAGUUGUUGCAACUGCAGCAGUGCGUCCAAAGCCAAGAGUUGCAGCAACAGAUGCAGCAUCUCACCCAGAAGGCACAACAGCAACCUCCUCAAGCUAACCAACAGCAGCAACUGCAACUGCAACAGCAACAGCAACGGGGUUCCCAACAGCAGCAACACUCCCAAGUAACCCAAAGAACCCAACAGCAACAGCAACAAGUGUCCCAACAAGUAACCCAACAGCAACAACAAGAACAAGAACACUCUCUGCUCUCGCAAACCACACUCGCUGAGACCCAAACCCUUCAGGCCAAUGCCCAAUCUCAGAGUUCCGCUUCCUACAGCUCCAAAGCGACUGCUUGCUCUAACUCCUCUUCCACAGUCCCACCUGCCACCACCUCUACCGCUUUCGCACCUGCUCCAGCUCCAGCUCCAUCUUUAGCUCCAGUUCCCACCAGCACACCUGUCCGACCAUCAGCUUUUGCUGUACAAAGUAGCUACUGCAACAGCCAGUUCGAUGCCCACGAACUGAUCGAGGAGACCGUCGAGGAGCUCGAGCACUCGCCAGUCCUGUUCCCGCCGCCCUCCCCGCUGAGCCACCUGACCAAACAUGGCAAAGCCGUACAGUCCGGCCUCCACAAGGCGGACAGCAUCCCCAAGUACCAGCGCAACUGGACGGUGCUGCCCACCCAGAGUCCCAUUCGCACUCCGGAACCGCAGGAGCUGCGCGAGAACGUACCGCUGGCAUUCGUGGAUGCCCCGAAAGCACCAGUUACCAGUGACUCCUCCACUGUACAUAGACCCAUAGCCCAGGUGGCUGCGCCGACAACUGUGGUUGCUCCUUCCCGGGAAAGGGAGAAGGAGCGACGGCCACAGCUGUCGGUGCCCAUUAUUGUUGAGGAUCGAUCGGGUCCAGUAACGAUGGCUUUCCAACCGUUAGACGAACUGGUGCGACCGGAUCAGGCCCUGACGCCCACCAGGCCGUACACCCCGUCGCUGACCAACAAGCCGGCUCCAAUUGUGCCCUUCUACCAGACGGAGGAGAAGCUCGUUUUCGAGGAGUGCUCGGCCACCCAUGCCAGGAACUACAACGAACUGAACGCCUCGCCUUUUCCAGACAGAACACGUUCUCCGGCUCCGGGACCACCGCCAAAUCCGCUGAAUGCCAUUCGAGCACCGAGGAUGAGGGAACCGGAAACCAAGUCCAAUAUUCUGUCCGUGUCUGGAGGUCCUCGCUUGCAGACGGGCUCCAUAACCACCGGUCAGAGCUACCAGGGACAACUUUUGGCCCACUCCGAGCAGAGUUCCCAGUCGGCCAGUCAGAGCUUCAGCCAGCAACCGGAGAGGAUUACCGAACAAAGGGUGGGCAACCUGAACAUUCAGCAGAGGGAGCAGUCCUCCCAGCUGCAGCAGCAAGCUCAAUCGCAGACCCAGAGUCAGACACGCAGCCAGGUGGGAAACACCCAAAUUGAGAGGCGUCGCAAGGUCACCGAGGAGUUCGAACGCACCCAGAGUGCCAAGACUAUUGAGAUCCGAACUGGCUCGCAGUCCGUCAGUCAGUCAAGGGCCCAGUCGCAGUCCAUCAGCCAGGCCCAGAGCCAGGCUCAAUACCAGUCCCAGAACCAGUCGGACACAGAACGUCGCUCGUCGUACGGCAAGACGGGAUUCGUGGCCAGUCAGGCGAAGCGUCUGUCCUGCAUGGAGGAGGAAAUCAGCAGCUUGACCAGCCAAUCGCAGGCCAUCAGUGCCCGGGCCUCGGCGCUCGGAGAGGGCUGCUUCCCCAACCUGAGAUCGCCCACCUUUGACUCGAAGUUUCCACUUAAGCCGGCUCCCGCGGAGUCUAUAGUUCCCGGCUAUACAACUGUUCCGGCGGCCACCAAGAUGCUAACAGCACCACCACCGGGCUUCCUGCAGCAGCAGCAGCAACAGCAGCAAAGGUCUGCCUUCUCGGGCUACCAAGCCACCACUUCAUCGGUGCAGCAGAGCUCCUUUGCGAGCAGCUCGAAAGCCACCACCUCAUCGCUCUCAUCCUCAUCAGCAUCAGCAUCUGCUUCAGCAUCAGCAUCAGCAUCCGUCGCGAGAUCGUCGCAAAGUCUAACCCAAGCUUCUGCUAUUACUACUACCACUAAUAACCAGGCCACCACGGCCUACAGGAGCAGCAAUGGCAGCAUUACCAAGCCUAAUCUGGCCUCGCGGCCAUCCAUCGCUUCCAUCACAGCUCCAGGAUCAGCAAAUGCUCCCGCUCCUGCUCCUGCACCAUCGGCAGCUCCAAUCAAAGCUACUGCUCCAUUCAAGGCACCGAUUGUUCCAAAAUCGGUGAUAGCGAACGCCGUUAAUGCCGCUGCUCCGCCUGCGCCCGCUGUCUUUCCGCCAGACCUGAGCGAUCUGAACUUGAACUCUAAUGUGGAUAAUUCCCCAGGUGCCGGAGGAAAGAGCGCUGGCGCCUUUGGAGCCACCUCGGCGCCCAAGAGGGGCAGGGGUAUCCUGAAUAAGGCGGCCGGACCCGGAGUGCGCAUCCCACUGUGCAACAGCUGCAAUGUGCAGAUCAGAGGACCCUUCAUCACGGCAUUGGGCCGCAUAUGGUGCCCGGAUCACUUCAUCUGCGUGAACGGCAACUGCCGUCGUCCGCUGCAGGACAUUGGCUUCGUUGAGGAGAAGGGUGAUCUGUACUGCGAGUACUGUUUCGAGAAGUACCUGGCGCCCACCUGCAGCAAGUGCGCUGGCAAGAUCAAGGGUGACUGUUUGAAUGCCAUUGGCAAGCACUUCCAUCCGGAGUGCUUCACCUGCGGCCAGUGCGGCAAGAUCUUUGGCAACAGGCCCUUCUUCCUGGAGGAUGGAAACGCUUACUGCGAGGCCGAUUGGAACGAGCUGUUCACCACCAAGUGCUUCGCCUGCGGCUUCCCCGUGGAAGCUGGCGACAGAUGGGUGGAGGCCCUGAACCACAACUACCAUAGCCAAUGCUUCAACUGCACGUUCUGCAAACAGAACCUGGAGGGUCAGAGCUUCUACAACAAGGGCGGACGUCCCUUCUGCAAGAAUCAUGCACGCUAAGCCGCAACUCAGAUGAUUUUGUUCGACUUCAGGGAUCACGCACACUAACCAACAACACCAACUAUCUAUCACAAUCUUCGGAUUACUUGGAUAUGGGAGCUUGCUCCCAACUCGUAUCUAAUGCUUAUUAUUGCAAUUGUCAGAGUGAAUAAUGCGUAACUAUUAUUAUUUCUAUUUGUUUUUGAAUUGUGCACACAAAUGUUAUCCUAAUUUUAACUGAUGAUCGAUUCGCUCUAAAUCAAAACAGUAGCUGCAAACGACACGAAAUCGAAUUAGCUAGCAAAUUAUAUGUCCCACACACAACUAUUAUUUAUUCAAACAUCGUAUCAUAACCGAACUACCGAUCCCCCAGAUAAAUAUGUAUGUACUGUGGCCAGAGUUAAUUUACUUAGUUGAGCCUGAAAACUGUUGAUCAACCCGUAACCAAAAGCUAACAAAUCGCGCGAGAGGAUUUCCCAAAUCGAUUGGCGGCGUAGAAUCGGGCUAAUCAGAGAUGUGAAACGAGGUUGUCAGCAGGCAGUUGCUUAUUUAAUUUCUAAAUUUAUGUUGUAAAUUAUCCAUAAUUCGAUUGUAAAUUGUAAAUGAUCAGCAAGUGAAUAAAUUUCGAAAUCUUUUUCGCGUUUAAAAAA